UUUGAAGAAAAGAAACACGUGAUCAAACUGAGCUUUGGACCUAAUUGAUCAGAUGAUAAUGUAACUUUGAAACGAGCAUCAGUACUGUACAUUGUUGUCGGAUCACUAGUGCUUUGAAAACGUAAUCGGAGCUCCGGUACCGAUCGUCCCAUCAAUAAAUAUACCACAAUCACUGCUGGAUGUUUCGUUGUAACGUGAUUCAAGGCUUGCGUGUUUGGAAGAGCUACACAUUCUCAGCUGUGAGCGUUGUGUUGAAAAGGAAGCCGCAAGCAUCAAGACUGUUGUUCACCAUGGUGGACUCUCAGUAUUACCUCCCCAAUGACAUUGGGAUCUCCGCGCUGGACUGUACUGAAGCGUUUCGCCUGCUGUCCCCUAGAGAACAGCUCUAUGCGCACUACCUCUCCAGGUCUGCCUGGUAUGGAGGACUGGCUGUGCUGCUGCAGACCUCGCCCGAGUCUGCCUCCAUCUUCGUUCUCUUACAGAGGCUGUUCCGCAAGCAGCCACCAGCACAGCUGGGGAAUGUGGCUACUGCAGCUGGACUCAGUCCUGAGGAGUACCAGGCCUUUCUUGUUUAUGCUGCUGGUCUCUAUGCCAACAUGGGCAACUACAAGUCAUUUGGAGACACCAAGUUCAUUCCCAACCUACCCAAGGAGAACCUGAAGGCCCUUGUGUGGCAGAGCCAGGCCUUCCAGGACAGCCCCAGUGAGAUGGAGGCCCUGUGGGACAGCUGCUCCACCCUCCUCUACUCCCUUGAGGACAAACAGAAACAGCUGGGCUUGGGGGACAAGGGAAUCACCACGUACUUCUCGGGGAACUGUUGUUUGGAGGACGCCGAGUUAGCUCAGAAAUUCUUGGACUCAAAGAACCUGAGUGCCUACAACACGCGAUUGUUUAAGAAGAAAUCCGAAGGGAAGAGCUGCUAUGAGGUGCGCCUUGCGUCUGCUGUGCAGGAGGACUGUGCAGUGGAUGGGGAGGGGGAGACCAGGUGCGGCAGAUAUAACUUUGAGGACCGUGUCUUCACGGUUUCCAGGGGAGACUAUGAUCACCUCAUGAAGAAAGUGAGCGAAAAUCUGGAGAAAGCUAAGGACCACGCGGCCAAUGAGAACCAGAAACGAAUGCUGGAGGAAUAUUCGCGGAGUUUCACCUUUGGGUCCGUGGAGGCGCACAAGGAAGGCUCUCGUUUCUGGAUCAAAGACAAGGGGCCCAUUGUGGAGAGUUAUAUUGGCUUUAUCGAGAGCUACAGGGAUCCCUUUGGUUCCAGGGGAGAGUUUGAAGGUUUUGUUGCCGUGGUGAACAAGGCGAUGAGCGAAUGCUUUGCUAAGCUGGUGAGCUCAGCCGAAGUGCUUCUGCCAGAGCUGCCAUGGCCAAAAGACUUUGAGAAGGACCGCUUCCUCCUGCCUGACUUCACCUCCCUGGACGUGCUGACGUUCGCUGGCAGCGGCAUUCCAGCGGGCAUUAACAUUCCCAACUAUGACGAUAUCAGACAGUCGGAGGGCUUUAAGAAUGUCUCCCUGGGAAAUGUUCUGGCUGUGGCAUACGCUACCCAGAAAGACAAGCUCACCUUCCUGGAUGAAGAAGACAAGGAUGUGUACAUUAAGUGGAAGGGGCCCUCCUUUGAGGUGCAGGUUGGCCUCCAUGAGCUGCUGGGCCAUGGCAGUGGAAAGCUCUUUGUCCAGGAUGAGAAGGGAACUUUCAACUUCGAGCAAGAUAAUGUUCGCAAUCCUGAGACUGGAGAAAAGAUCACCACCUGGUACAAAGGCAACGAAACAUGGGACAGCAAAUUCUCCACCAUUUCUUGCUCCUAUGAAGAGUGCAGGGCCGAGUGUGUGGGGCUCUACCUCUGUCUCAACAAACACGUGCUCAGUAUCUUUGGCCAUGAGGGCGAGGAUGCAGAGGAAGUGGUGUACGUCAACUGGCUCAACAUGGUGCGCGCUGGCCUGCUGGGACUUGAGUUCUACACCUCCGAGAGCAAGAGCUGGAGACAGGCCCACAUGCAAGCUCGCUUUGUGAUCCUGCGGGUGCUCCUGGAGGCUGGCGAGGGGCUGGUGACCCUGAAGGAGAGCACAGGAAAAGAUGGGCGCCCAGAUGCCCUUAUAACGCUGGACCGCAGCAAGAUCCACACUGUGGGCAAGGGUGCCAUCGAGAGGUUCCUAUGCAAACUACAGGUCCUCAAGUCCACAGCCGACGUGGAGGGAGGCAGAGCUCUGUAUGAGGGCUACUCGGCCGUGUCCGACGGUGGUUCUCACAACUUCCUGUGCCUGCGGGAGACGGUUCUCCAGCGCAAAGAGGCUCGCAAGAUGUUUGUUCAGGCCAACACAAGGGUCAAAGGUGACAGUGUGGAGCUCGUGGAAUACGAGGGCAGCGCGGCUGGACUGAUCUGCUCUUUCACAGAGCGGUUUGCCGACGACUCCGAGGAGGUGGAGGCCCACCUGCUGGAGCUGAACAAGAGGGAUGCCCCCUGCUGGUUCUGAGUGAACGGUGCAGAUACACAGCCAGAGCAGCGCUAAGACCCAGACAUGCUGCCGUCAUGCCCACGCCCGCUCCUGACUGAGACACGCCCGGCCUGUGUGGACUUGUCAUAGGAAUUGAUCUUUCGGUGCACUGUCAAAAUGAAUUUACAAAUCAGUCGUGAGUGGAAUGCGCAGGUGGUUAUGGCUGUGAUUUAUGAGCCUGGAGACAUUCUUCGCCCUCAGAGGCACCGUUUGUAACUACAUUAAGCCCUUAACGUUAUGCAGUUCUUCAUUUCCCUCUGACGGUAUCAGGAAGGAUAGGAACGGUGUAAGCAAUGUCAUGCAAAUUUGACAGCUGAAGGAACUCAAAAGUUCCUAGUGGUAGGACCUUGGAGUCAGUUUGAAACGAGGCCAGGGUGUAGAAAAGAAAAGUGACUCAAGGGGACCAUACACGGUUCGCCAUCAACUAAUCUGUCAAUCAAGUCUAAACCACCAUAUUAACCUUUUUAUGUCGACACAUUUCAAUUUCUGUUUGUCUUAGAGAAAAUUGACAAUUUUUAUUUUUAAAGAAGUCCCUCCCAAUAAUACUACUCAUUGGGUAAGUUGUUUGUCCCUUGUGUCCAGGGCACUUGAAGCACUACUGUGACAUGGUCAAAAGCAAUGCAUUUGUGAAAGGGUAGACAGUACUGCAAAUUCUCUUGGUGAGGUUGGUAAGAAACAGCCUGUACAAAAAUAAAAUAUAAUUUUUUGUUCUUUUAAUAUCAAUGUCUGUUCAGUUUGUUUCUCAUGCAUUAUUAAAGUUAUCUCUGGGAACUGGUGUAAUGAGCUGCAUGAACUGAUAAACAUUGAAAUAAGGGCAUCGCGGAGUGCCUGGACACAGCCCUUAGCCAUGGUAGAUUGGCCAUAUAUCACAAACCCCCCCAAGGUACCUUACUGCUAUUAUAAACUGUUUACCAAUGUAAUUAGAGCAGUAAAAAUAAAUUGUCACACACGUGGUAUACGGUCUGAUAUACCACGGCUGUCAGCCAAUCAGCAUUCAGGGCUCGAACCAAACAGUAAACAGAAUGUCUAAGGUACUUUGCAAUAUCCACCCAGGCAAAUGUUCAUUUAACAUAUUUUAAGAAUAAAGCACGAAGCAAGUCUUUCUUAAGAAAACGUUCACAAUGCGUGGGUACUCAAGGUGAUUCCACAAGGUCCACAGCCGCCUCUCUUGUUAGUUUGCAAGUCUUGAGUCCAUCCUGUUUGGCUUUCUGGUAUAUGAGGGGUGUUCCACUGCUGCCUUGGCCCUGUAGGUCCUGGAUCUGGGCCUGGGCUGGGAGGGCUUGAAUCUCCCCCUCACUCCGCCAGUACAGCUUGUACAGUCCUGGGUCGUCUACCCCAAACUUAGCAGCACAGAGCUGGGUCAGGGCCUCCCCACUAACUCCUGCCCUCCACUGCAGGGUUUUUAUCCAGCUGCUUUCUCCAUCUUGAAACAGAACCUUGACAAACCUCUGCAACACACAAUUAAAAGAAAGUUUCCCAUGAGAACAGUUCACAUCAAAGCAGUCCUACUGGUCACUUUGGGAUUACAGGGAUUUCCAACUGUCACAUAUAAUUCCAAAUACCUUAGGUAUGUGUUGGUUUCUGUUUAGUGUUAGUGGUAGGUGUGUAAUUCUAUACAGCAUUGGUGCUAAUAAAUCAUUUGAGUCGUA